GUGUUGCUGCUGGGGUUGUUGUAGCGGCUCGCAGUCCCUGUGGCUGUGUGACAGAAAGCAUGUGGAGCCUGAAGUCUGUGAACCUGGAGGAUUUACUUGCAGACAGGUUAAAUCUGCAGCUCCUCGCUGUCCUGCAGGCCGCGACCAACAAUUUCCGAGAUGAAGAGCUCAGAUUCAAUGUCGAGGUGGAUGUCCUUGAGAGACUGUCUGCAGUGCUGUCCAGGCUCUCAGAGGAGAUUCAGGUUUUAAGUGACGUGAAUGAUGAACAGCAGUCCGCUUUGCUGUGUCUUCAGCUUACGGCCGAAUGUUUCAGAGCUCAACGAAAUGCCUGUGUGCAGUGUUCCCGCAACCAGUGUUUUUUAAGAGAUCAAGGCUGUAUCCAGGUAUCAUUAGAGAUUUUGAGAAAGCUUCUCAAGCUUGCUUCUGGAGUCUCAGAUUACCUUUUUGAUGCACUUCGAUGUGGGAUUCAAUUUCUCGGUAACAUUGCAGUUGGGAACCCUCUCUGCAAAACUGACAUUUGGGACCAUGGUUUUCCACACAUAUUUUCGGAUUUGCUGGAGCUUCCUGAUGAGAAGACUAUAGCGUAUACGUGCAUGGUGCUUCACACCUGUCUGGAUGAGGACAAAAUAGAGCAGCUGGGGACAGAACCGGAGCAGCUGAAGGUGGUGCUGAAGGUCACUGAGUUGUGCCGGACUCUGCCAGAAGUAGACUGGACGGUGCUGAUUGUCACCCAACAUUUCUUCAGAUCAUCUAAACUCAUUGAAAGGAUGUAUACAGAGAUGACUGAUCAAGAAAGGCUUACUUUACUGGAUCUGAUCUCAGCCCAACUUGGGGAAGGUAAAGAGGACUGUCUGAUUCCUCUGAAAACAGCCCAGUUUCUAGCCACCUGCUUCCAGCACAGCUGCAGAGAUGUUCUUUCUCUUAGCUCUGUCUCAUCAGCAGAUGAUCAGAAAGCCUUGGCAGUGAUCACACUUCUGGAUAUUCUCUGUGAGAUGACCUCUGACCAGAAAACAUUUAUGGCGCUGCAGGAUCACCCAGACCUUCUCCAAACAGCCAUUGAUCUCCUGAAGGAAGUCCACUUGCUGGGGAAAACCAGUAGGAACGUCUUCAGUGCGGCUCAGGAGUUCAACUUUACAAAGUCAGGGGGUACUGGUGCCCAUCCUGCGCUCAGCUUCAAAGCCCACCUGAUCCGACUGAUUGGAAACCUAUGCCACAGCCACACAAUCAACCAGGAUCAGGUCAGAGAACUGGACGGUUUAGCCCUUAUCCUGGACAACUGCAGCAUUGACAGCAACAAUCCAUUCAUAAGCCAAUGGGCAGUCUUUGCCAUCCGCAACAUUCUUGAACAUAACCUGGAGAACCAGAAGCUGGUGCAGGGCCUGAGGAGGCAGGGGGUGGCUGACGACACGGUGCUGAGGGAAAUGGGCUUCCGUGUGGAGGAGAGGGAUGGCAGCUUGCUCCUCAGACCCCUGAAGAAGGAGGAGGAGGAGCUGGGAGAGCGCUAAACCAAGAGCACCAGAGUUCUUCCCACCCCAUCCCAUUCCCCUACGCUCUAAAUUACACUCUGGAGACAGCUUAAGACACCCACUGAGUCCGUUGUGCACACAGAAAACGCAGAGGGCAUUUUAAUAUCCAAUCAGUAUUGUGAACACAAGGAGAAAAAGGUUGGGGGGGGGCUGUGCUUUGUGCCAUCAACAGAAGAGGAGCGCUGAGGGGCUUUUCUCCCGGGACUCAUGCUGAUGUCUGUGAUGCAUUUAGUGGUCUUUGAUUCCAGCUCCCCCUGAAUAGGAUUCAAAUCCUCUGAAACAAGGAGACCCAUGUCUUCCUGGCUUUUCAGCUACCAAAUAGAUUCUGGUGACCAGUGGGGAAUAGGGGUUAAUCCCUAAUCCAGUGAGUUUUAUGGAGAGACCUGGGGCCUCCUGAUCCGUUCACACAAGAGUUGACUCAAUAGCCGUGGGACUUGGUUCCACUUGUUGGGUUUGUUUUGUGGGGUUUUUUUUUUCUUUUCUUUUUUUUGGCUCUGUUUUGUGCUUCUGAAUAUCACAGGUUUAUCUGCAGCCCUACAAAAUUCUUGUGCUGCUUUUUUCUAUUACAGAUAAAUUAACAAGUAGCAAACUUA